AUGUGGUGGAGUACUUCUUUCAUCAGAUUGGGUUGUAACCUCAGCACAAUGUGUGCAAGACAAAAGAAAUGUAUCAAUAGUCAUAUCUUAAUUUUAUUAACACAGUCCAUUACUUUAUUUGCAACUGGACUGAAUGGAACUAACUCUAAACAAACAAUACCUGUAAAAGCUACAUACAUACAUCCUACAUAUGAAGCUUACUCUGAUCCUCCUGAUCGAGAUUAUAAUAUAGCUCUUUUGAAACUUACAAAACCAUUUAAUAUAUAUCAUAAUAAAAUAAUUUUACCUAAUAUUGUACCUGUCAAAUAUAAUGAUAAUUACAAAUUAUGCCUAAUAUUUGGAUGGCAAAGCUAUGUUUCACCAUCUUUAAAAGUUUUGGCUAAACCAAUUCAAUAUCAUGAAGUAUUUCUUAAUUCCUGGAAAAUGUGUACAUACAUGAUAAAAACAUAUACAAAUUAUACAAAUUUAUUUUGCACAAUGGUCGAAUAUAAAGAUGAAAUUAUAGCUUGUGCUGGUAAUCCUGGUUCUCCUGUUGUAUGUGAAAAUCAAAAUCAUGAGAUAGCUCUAGUUGGAAUUGCAUCUUGGACAAACUUUUCUUUAGAAUGUGGAGAUCUUCCAACAUAUAUUGAUCUUGGUUCAUUUCGGACAUGGAUAAAUGAUUUAGUUUUUAGUAACAAUAAUUCAAAAGAAUGGGAAAAUAAUAGUUUUACAGAAAACAUUCGUAUGCACAGAUGUUUGUGGAAUUAUUCAGACUCAUUACAAACUGAUUCAGAUAUAAAUCAUUUGUUAAACAAUUCAAAGAAUAUAUCUCAAGUGACAAUAAAUUAUCAAAAUUCAUCUUCAAAAAGUAUGGCUAAAUUUUAUGUUUAA